AUGGCUUCCUCCACCAAGUUCCUGCGAGAGUACAAGCUCGUCGUCGUCGGUGGCGGUGGUGUAGGAAAGUCAUGCCUGACCAUCCAAUUGAUCCAAAGCCAUUUCGUCGACGAAUACGACCCGACUAUUGAAGACUCGUACCGGAAGCAGUGCCACAUCGACGACGAGGUCGCCCUCCUCGAUGUCCUCGACACGGCCGGUCAGGAGGAGUACAGCGCCAUGCGCGAGCAGUACAUGCGGACCGGCGAAGGCUUCCUGCUCGUCUACUCCAUUACCUCCCGGCAGAGCUUCGAAGAGAUCACCACCUUCCAGCAGCAGAUUCUGCGGGUCAAGGACAAGGACUACUUCCCCAUGGUCGUCGUCGGUAACAAGUGCGACCUGGAGGGUGAGCGAGAGGUGACCAGACAAGAGGGUGAGGCCCUCGCAAGGUCGUUCAACUGCAAGUUCAUCGAGACCUCGGCAAAGUCACGCAUCAACGUCGACAAGGCUUUCUACGACAUCGUCCGCGAGAUCCGGAGAUACAACCGCGAGAUGCAGGGAUACUCCACCGGCAGCGGAGGCAACUCGGGCAUGAACGGCCCCCCCAAGCCCAUGGACAUGGAGGACGGCGAGAAGGAGCCCGGCUGCUGCUCCAAGUGCGUCAUCAUGUAA